UUCAAGAAGGAAAGGGUUUAUCCUUGACCAAGAAACUUUAUUUCUUCAAUGUUCUUCCUCUUCACCGCGUGCUCCAAUUCAAGCCCUUCCAAUGUGAGGUGGUAGAAAUUCAAAGAAUACGAAGCUCUGUGAAUGUGAUUGGUUGGGUUGGAAUGGAAGCGCGUUUGGGACAGAGAGCCCUCAACACUGAUAGUGGCGCCGCCAAGUGUUUUUCCAUGGCGCAGAAUAGAGAGCAACUCGGAACGCUGCAUCAGCUUCUGGCUGGUGGCAUCGCUGGUGCCUUUAGCAAAACCUGCACCGCCCCCCUUGCGCGCCUCACUAUUCUUUUUCAGGUGCAAGGUAUGCAUUCUGAUGUGGCAGCAUUGAGCAAGCCAAGCAUAUGGCGUGAGGCGUCACGUAUUGUCAGUGAAGAAGGGUUAAGAGCAUUUUGGAAAGGCAAUAUGGUGACCAUUGCUCAUCGUCUCCCAUAUUCUGCUGUCAACUUCUAUGCCUAUGAACGCUACAAGAAUGUGUUAUCUUCUUUGAUGGCGGAGAAUCUUAGUGGAAAUUCAAGUGCAAACCCCUUGGUGCACUUUGUGGGUGGUGGCUUGGCAGGUAUUACAGCUGCUUCUGCCACAUAUCCUUUGGAUCUUGUAAGAACACGACUUGCAGCGCAGAGAAGUUUAAUGUACUACAGGGGCAUCUCACAUGCUUUCAGUACAAUCUGCAAAGAAGAAGGUUUUUUGGGUCUGUAUAAGGGACUUGGAGCGACAUUGUUGGGUGUUGGACCCUGUAUAGCUAUAAGUUUUUCUGCUUAUGAGUUGCUACGUUCUUUAUGGCACUCACAAAGGCCUGAUGAUUCUACUGCCGUGGUUGGUCUUGCCUGUGGCAGUCUUUCAGGAAUUGCAUCAUCAACAGCAACAUUUCCUUUGGAUCUUGUAAGGCGUAGGAUGCAGUUAGAAGGUGCUGGUGGCCGAGCUCGUGUCUAUAACACUGGCUUGUUUGGGGCAUUUGGGCACAUAAUUCAAAAUGAAGGGGUACGAGGUUUGUACAGAGGCAUUCUGCCCGAGUACUACAAGGUUGUUCCCGGAGUGGGCAUUGCCUUUAUGACUUAUGAAACAUUGAAGAUGCUACUAUCAGGCAGUCCAAGUUAUUAGCAUACUCAAUUGCCAAAUCUGUGCCAUUUACUACAAUGCUCUUGGGUUAAGUUUACUAAAGAUUACAAUUUCAGGGGAAUUUGAUCUCCUAGAAAAUGGUAUGCUAGAAAAUAUCAUGGGUAACAUUUUCUAGGAAGUUUUGUUGAGAGUUUUGCUGUUAUUGCCAGGAUUUUUUCUCUGUAUAGGCAGUUGUAAUCUUAGAGAAGGCAACUAUACCCAUUUUGAAUUUUAGGUUGAAACCAUUUUUGUU